AUGUCUGAACGUGGCCGAGGCGGCAGAGGAGGACCCUCCAACCGCGGCUCUUCCAACAGCCGUGGCAACUCCAACAACACUCGGGGUGGCUUCUCCAACAACCGCGGCGGCGGUCGUGGUGGAUCCCACUCCUCUAGCUCUAUCCCAUCAGAACGUCCUAAGAAGGAAGCAAUCCUCGAUCUGACCAAAUACAUUGAUCAGAAGAUCCGAGUCAAGUUCGCAGGUGGCAGAGAAGUGUUUGGUAUCCUAAAAGGUUUCGAUCAGUUGAUGAACCUCGUUAUGGACGAAGUUACCGAAUCGCUGCGGGAUGAAGAAGGGAAUGUCACAGACAAGACAAGGUCGCUAGGGUUGGUGGUGUUGAGAGGUACGGCGUUGACGGUGAUCAAUCCUGCUGAUGGAUUUGAGACCCUUUCGCAUAGGCCGACUGAGGAACGAACGCCGCUGCCGAGUUUGAGAGCACAAAGCAAGCAUGACGACAAUAAUUCAGUCAAUCUAUUAUCUAGCACCACGCAGGUGCAGGUCACGAUCACGAAUGCAAAAGGUGUACUUGUAAGGCCUUGCUUAUCAGCAAGCGUGCUCACUGGCGUUCAUCGGGAAGAGCCAAAAGAUCAGUGA